AUGGUUACUAAUCACAGCGACACAUCUGAAGAGAUUUCGAACUUGUUCAAUGCACCACACAAAAGAAUCAUUUCAUUCAUUCGAGAAUAUGAAAAACUGCCGAUUGUUUCGUUGGAAGAAGCAACCGCCCCUGUUGCGUCCUUCGUUCCCGAAGUGAAAAAAAUGGUGACGACUGUAAAAAAAGCUGUACAUGUUCUAUCCGAUGACUGUACAAUUGAUGAAUCAGCAUCAAUUUUAUUGUAUACAUUGCAAUGGAAACCAAAAGACAAAUCAUUCGCUGUUAUUCUUGAUACAGCACUGCAGACAAUGAAUGAAGUCUUAUUGGAACCAUGGUAUUUGUACUUGAAGUUAAUUCUGACUGCUUUGACCAAAAUUCCAUCGGAUACCUCAUAUCCGAUUGUAUAUCGUUCUAUUAAACUCAAUCUAAUCACCCAAUAUCCCUCUAAAACAAUAUUCACUUGGUGGGGAUUUACCAAAUGUACAACCGCGAUCGAUGAACUGAAUAGUGAGGAUGUUCUAGGACGAAACGGAGCAAGAACAUUGUUUAUUAUCGAUUGUCGGUCGAGUAAAAAUAUUCAACAGUAUUCAUUCUAUUCCAAAGCCGAUGUUUUGCUGCCAUUUGCUUGUCAAUUCGAAGUAGUGGGUUCUUUUAGUUCAGGGAAUGGUUUGUCGAUUAUCCAUCUAAAAGAAGUUCCGUCCAAAUAUGCUGUUCCAAGACUUCCACCUAUUCCAUCACGAAUAUUGCCUAGUGUACAACAACCAAAUGCUACUCAUUAUCAAAUUCCAACACCAAAACCGAUGAUUCCGAAACGAAGACUCAAACCAUUGAUUGGGAAUACGAUGGUACAACCGAAAAAUUCAUCGCCCACAUCGUUCAAUGAUAAAUUGAAAGAAUUCACACGAAUUUCGAUCACAAAACCGAACUCCAUCAACUUAGACUUAUCUCGGCUUGAAAUCAACGAUACUGAUAUCAAAACUCUUGCAGCAACGUUGCAACAAAACACAGCACCAGUGACAUUGGAUCUUCAUCAUAAUCUUAUUGGACCACAAGGAGCACAUUAUCUUGCAGAUAUACUAAAACAAGACACGACACUCGUCAGUAUCAAUCUUGAAUGCAACACCAUCAGUGAUCAAGGAGUACAGCAUCUGUCCAACAGUUUAUCACAAAAUCGAACAUUGACUGUAUUGAAUCUGCGUUCAAAUCAAAUUCGAGCACAAGGGCUAAAAUAUCUCUCCGCUGUUUUACAAGAAAAUACCACAUUGACAAGUUUAAAACUUCGGUCGAAUUUUAUCGGUAAUCUAGGAGCACGGUUUCUCGGCAAUGCUUUACAACAAAACAAAACUCUAACUUUACUUGAUUUGGAAAAUAAUCAGAUUGGAUCUCAAGGCGCUCAAUAUUUGAUCCAAGGUCUUCGUCAAAACAAUGCACUUACUUUACUCAAUCUCGCAGGCAAUCAACUUGGUGGUGACACCAGACAACGUCUAAUGGAAAUUGCACAAAAGAAUUCAUCUCUUAAGCUUGUUCUUUGA